AUGGGGAGGACCAUUGAAUAUACGAUCGUGGGACCGCCCAAAUUUCCCGGUGCAGAGUCGCCCGCCUCGAUCUCGAAAGCUCUGCCCUAUCGAAAGGAUUCGAAAGGUGCCUCGCCCAAUCUACGAUCUCUCUAUUGUAUUUCAGCCCAAAGUCCUCCAGACCCAGAGUUCCAAAAACACUCGGCUGGCACCGUAUCCACGGUCCUUCCUACAUCUCCACAGCUGCCUCCUACGCCGCCCGGAGCGAGCAAUGGGGAUAUUCCGCAUGCUGUCAACGAGAGUAUCUCGGAUACGGCUCUGUUCAGAUCAACCUUGGUUACUCCCAUAAAUCAAAACAGCCCGCCUACGCCUGAUAAUACUCCUCCUCGAGAAAGGAACACGCCUUUGGUGCGUCCUUUUUUGGGCACGCAACCAUCGAUCACUUCGACUGGGGCCGAGUCCUUCAGAACGGCCCGUGAAGACAUAGAGUCCGACCAUGAUUCCGACACAUAUUCACGAAACCCCGAAAGUAGAUCUCAGCAUCCACCCACACCAGGCUCCAACUCUGGUCUGACCGAGCAUCGGUUGAGGCGGAGUGGCUUACCCCGAUCGCCGUUGAUCAAUGCUUAUGAUGACAAGGCUGCGUCAGUUAGCCUGUUGCCAGACCAGUUUGACCAUCAACAGUCCGCAGAAACAGACGACUCCAAAGCAGCUCUGAUGGUGAACGGAAAUGACACUGCCAGAUUUCACGCAAGUCCUCAGCCCUUAAGUCAUGCAUCUACACCGACUGGUGAGGCCCAACAGGAGACAGCUCCGCCACACCAUGAUGCAAGUCCGGGCGAGAUCCCAGUCAAAAGCGAAAUCACAGCUCGACCUGGGGCAAACGCAGCUUCACACAGCCUAAGGCGAGACCAAAGUCUUCGAUACAGACUUCUCGAGGCACAGCGGCAAGACCUUUCUGCGUCGACUGAAAAAUUUGCCAACAUUAUUGGCUGGAAUAAUUCCGUCUCAAUUGAGGGUGACGCGCCAGAGAACCCUGAGAUUACCCGGGAGGAAAAUCGGCGACUCUCCGCAGUUUCGGCUACAUCUACCAUCGGAGCAUUUGUUAUCGAGCAGAAUCGACUUCCGAGGAGGACAACAACACUCCGUCAUGUGAACAAGCAUGAAUCAUUACGGGCUGUUAGUUCACCGCUACCCGCUUCACACCGAACUUCCAUGAUUUCGAACCCGGACUCUCCGCGGCGCCUCGUACACAAGAAGGCGAGGCUGAGCAAUCAAGAUCGGUGGAGUUUUGGGUCUGCGGUUUCGAGGUCGUAUAGUCUAGCCUCCAGCGCAGCUCUCCCCAAGACCGAGGUUAUACGGGUAGCAGUUAUCCCUGAAAGAAGGUCGUCCUUGCCAUCAUCUCACAAUAGCAGUCACAGGCAGUCGCUUGAGACCGGAUCCGGACAAUCUCACUCGCGCAGAACUUCUGACAACCCUCCAUCUUCUUGGCAACACAAGAGGGCAUUCUCUGAGUCUCUCGAGCGUGGAAGGGGACUGGGCCUGGAGCCUUCAAUCCCCGCUCGGAGUUCAUCCCUCUCCGCACCCACGUCAAAAACUACCUCCCGAGCGAAUUCAAUCACGUCUGAUAACCUGCGUGUGCAACGACAGCAAGCCGAGAAGGAUCUGCGCAAAACAUUGGAUAGAAUGGAAUCUGAACGUCUGGUGCAAAAUUUGCGCGAUUGGGAUCUGGAUGACCCGUCUCACGUUUCAAAUGCAGCGAAGAGAACUACAUUGGCCCGUGGAUCGUUUGGAGCGACAGCAGACCGACGGGCUUCCUUGCCAGGUCCCCUUUUGGGCACCCCUGACCACGAUGGAAAGGCGCUAGGCCUGGCCAUCCCAGGCACCGGAGAGUGGGCUGCUCUCCGACCCUCACUUUUGGAAACACCCUUUUCGCUACCGUCGUUCCAAUCGGCAUCACCUGAGAUUAAUGAAGCAAAGGCCAUAAACUUCUUCCCUCACAACAAUCAUUCUCUCCAGUUGAUAGAGCCAUUUUCUGUGCAGGAGUCAAAAGCUGUGCGAGAGGUACAAAGACAAAAUAUGCAUGCAAAAGAGGUGGAGUCGCCUCUGCGAAACCCACGACGCCCUCCUAAGCCACCACAGUUCAAGGUAAUCCCACCUACCCCGGGCGAUGAGCAUGACAAAGAACUUGCGCUCGAUGGGCCGCAGACCAUCAACCGACUCGGAUCUUCGAGGCGUCGGGUAAAGACCCAUCGGCGCUCGGAGUCGUUCGUUGGCUCUUUGUCUCGUAAUUUAAGCCUCAAGAAUGCUCACAAUCGGAAAGCCGAUCAAGAGCUUGAUGGCAAACUGCAUCCAUUUUGGCGUCCUCGUGCCUUCUGGGACGACAUUGACUUUGCUCAGGCCGAAUUGGAACAGGACCGACCUGUCGGCCGAGGCAUUGUAAACAAUUCUCUCGGUCUGUCCCAGGAUCGCACUGUGUUCACGGGCCCUUUUGCACUGGUCAGGAGGAUAUCUGAACGUCGACAGCAGAAGCGAGGCAUCGUCAACAAAUCAAGCCAUAGCAGCCUCGCGAAGCUACGGGCCACCCGCCGGCUUCAUAAGUCGCAUGGGUUUGGAUUCCGGUUCCAUUUGAUCGGAAUGAAAGAAAUCCAGGACCGUCUGUUACGAGCCAAAGAACGACGGGAGGAGGAAAAACGAGAAAAGAGGAGGGCGGAGUUGAGGCGAAGCAUCGGGCCCAAUGUCAUUUCACGGGGGGACUCCCGCUUUCCAGCAAGCAACACGAGUCUGUCGAGAACGUCCUGA